AAUACUCAAAGCAAGUGCAUUUUUUAGUGAAAUACGAGACAAACGACCGGCGAGAACGUGAAAUAGAAUCUGCACAUUUUGAACCUUUGAAACGAACUAAACACGACGAGAAAUAUUAGUUAAUAUCACUAUUUUUCAACCUCAAAUAAAAUCCAAUUUCCAAAAUUAUCAUAAUCACAAUUCACCAGCGAACAACUAAGCCAUCAAUAUUAUAAUCACAAAAAUUCCAAAAUGAACACAUAUUCUCUCCAUUGAGAUUUCGAUUACCUGAAAAAGAAAAAGAAAAUCAUUCGUUCUAGAAACAAAAAAAGAUGGCAAGUUUGGGAGCAAUUCUGAAGAAUCCAGAUGAUUUUUUUCCGUUAUUGAAGCUGAAAAUGGCGGCAAGGAACGCCGAGAAGCAGAUCCCUCCUGAACCACAUUGGGGAUUCUGUUACUCAAUGCUCCAUAAGGUUUCUAGAAGCUUCGGUCUCGUUAUUCAGCAACUCGGUACCGAGCUUCGCGAUGCCGUAUGCAUAUUCUAUUUGGUUCUUCGUGCUCUCGAUACCGUUGAGGAUGAUACUAGCAUAGAUACAGAUGUCAAGGUUCCAAUACUAAAAGCUUUUCAUCGACACAUCUAUGAUCAUGAUUGGCACUUUGCUUGUGGCACGAAGGAGUACAAAGUUCUGAUGGACCAGUUUCAUCAUGUUUCAACAGCUUUUUUGGAACUUGGAAAGGACUAUCAGGAUGCAAUUGAGGACAUUACCAAAAGAAUGGGUGCUGGAAUGGCCAAAUUUAUUUGCAAGGAGGUAGAAACAAUUGAUGACUACGAUGAAUAUUGUCACUAUGUGGCAGGACUUGUUGGGUUGGGUUUAUCACAGCUUUUCCAUGCCUCUGGUUCAGAAGAUCUGGCUACGGACUACCUUUCAAAUUCAAUGGGUUUGUUUCUUCAGAAAACAAACAUUAUUCGAGAUUAUCUGGAAGACAUCAAUGAGAUACCAAAGUCACGCAUGUUUUGGCCGCGCCAGAUCUGGAGUAAAUAUGUCAACAAACUAGAGGACUUGAAAUAUGAGGAAAACUCCGUUAAGGCUGUGCAAUGCUUAAACGACAUGGUCACUAAUGCCCUCAUGCAUGCCGAAGAUAGCUUAAAAUACAUGUCUGCGUUACGGCACCCUGCCAUAUUUCGCUUUUGUGCUAUUCCACAGAUAAUGGCAAUUGGAACACUUGCAUUAUGCUACAACAACAUUGAGGUCUUCAGAGGUGUUGUUAAAAUGAGGCGAGGUCUAACUGCCAAAGUGAUUGACCGAACGAAGACUAUAGCUGAUGUCUACGGUGCUUUCUUUGAUUUUGCUUCCAUGUUGGAGUCCAAGGUUGACAAAAAUGAUCCCAAUGCAACAAAAACGUUGAGCAGGCUGGAAGCUAUACAGAAAACUUGCAGAGAAUCUGGUGUCCUAACCAAAAGGAAAUCUUACAUUUUGAGGAAUGAGAACGGAUAUGGCUCAACCAUGAUUGUCAUACUGGUUAUCUUGUUUUCCAUCACAUAUGCUUAUCUCUCUGCCAACUAUCAUAAUAACUAAUCAACUGAUUUUCUUGCCUUUGCAAACAUGGAUAGCAAUGAAACAGUGAUAGUAUGCCUCAUUCAUGGAAUAUGAAUUUACAUGCCUUGGAGCGUUAUAUUGAUGCAUGCAGUUGAAAAUUGUGUAUUGUAGUUGAAAAGAAUAGUAGAUAUAGAUUUAGUUCCUAGCUUCAUCACGUGUUGGAUUUAACUUUACCUCUUAUGUUCACCGAGAAAAUUGUCAUUAUUUUGUGUGUUGUGAGUUGAUUAUUUGCACGAAUCUUGGAAUUCCCGAUGUGUGGUACCUAUGAUCAAAAUUCAAAGCUCCCUUUCCCCCCUAUUUGUUUAACCAUGGGGAUCAUGCCAAAA